CAAAAACAAGGAAAGAGAAUGAAUUAGGUAAAAAAAUAUAGAUCAGAGAAAUUAGUGGUAGCAACCAAGUAUGGAUCGCCGGUCUUCGUCUUUGAAAAAACAACUACCGAGGGCGAUCACCGCCAUUGAUGCGGAUGACGAGCACCUGCCAAUACUAUUGGGCAAUCACCGCCGUCACGACGCAUCACCUUCCUCCUCCAAUGAGAGCUCUCCAAUCAUGAGGCCCUCAUCGUCCCCCAUUCACCCCCACGACGGCAGAGGGGAGGUCAUCGUCAAGAUUGACGGAGAUCACAGCGGCGAGAUGCGUAACCAGGCAUGGUCCGGCGACAGCGGCGGCGAUGAUUUCGAAUUCCAGCACAACCCCACCAAGGAUGUGGCGGUCGAUCCGCCGUCGAGGCUCAUAGGACAAUUCCUUAAUAAACAGAGGGAGGCCGGCGUCGAGAUGUGCCUUGACAUGGACAUGGACAUGGAUGAGCUGAGUCAUCACCACCGUCACACCACCGGUGCAUGUGCAUGUCCGGCCAAUUUCCCGUCGUCUUCACCGGAAUCUUCCUUCUACGUCAACCGUUAUAACAGCAACCGGAUCCCGGCUUCUAAAGAAUUAAAAGUCCAAUUCAUGGACGAGCAGUCAGGGGAUUCCACGCCUCCCAGCAGAGCGGUAGACAUUGAGUCUGAUCAUCACCGCCACCGCCACCACAAUUCCAUAUCGUCCACCCGCUUAUCCUCAAGUGACGACGAAGACGAUGAGAUGAUGGAACAACAUCAGCCACAACACAGUCGGAGGAGGACCUCCGACAGCAAGACGUUUAGCUUCAACAACAAUAACAAUAACAUAGUCGAAAGCGGCCCCGAAGGCGGGGGAGAUGGACACGUCGUGAAAUGCACCUCAUUUCAGCGGAGAGGUAGUUUCAUGGGUGGGAGAAUCAUAAAUAAAACAAAGUCAAGGCUAAUGGACGACAUGGUUGUCGUCCCGGACGUAGUGGUGACCGAGAAGAAGUCGGGGAGGUUAUUCGGGAAGUCUCAAAUAAUGCGCUCAUCCGGACUCAUGAUGGGAAAGUCGCUAGAAGAGGAAGACGAUGACCCUCUUCUGGACGACUUCGACAUCCCAGACGAACUAAAGAGGUCAAAAAUAGACGCGUUAACCCUAGCGCAAUGGAUUAGCCUUAUCAUCAUCGUGUCGUCGUUGAUUUGCACACUCGCCUUCCCGAGACUAAAGAACUACCGCAUGCGGGGGUUGAGGCUAUGGAAGUGGCAAGUCCUUAUCCUCGUCCUCAUCUGCGGGAGGUUAGUCUCGGGAUGGGCAAUCAGAGUGGCUGUCUUCUUCAUAGAGAGGAACUUUCUAUUGAGAAAAAGACUCUUGUAUUUCGUGUAUGGCGUAAGGAAGGCAGUCCAAAACUGUCUAUGGCUAGGUCUUGUCCUCAUUGCAUGGCACUCCAUGUUCGACAAGAAAGUAGAAGGCAACAAUGACUUCCUCCGGUCGGUCAACAAGAUCAUGGUAUGCAUGCUCAUAGGCAUCACUCUCUGGCUACUAAAGACACUAAUGGUCAAAGUCCUCGCCUCCUCCUUCCACGUCAGCAAAUUCUUUGACCGGAUCCAAGAAUCACUGUUCAACCAGUACCUAAUAGAAGCUCUGUCGGGCCCACCCCUGAAUGAGAUUCACUGUCACCAGGAGGAGGAGGACAAGGCCAUGGAGGAGGUGUGGAAGCUCCAGAACGCAGGGGCGAAGUUGCCGCCGGAGCUCAAAGCAAAUGCCCUUAAAGACUUGAAGAGCAACAGUAACAAAGUCUUGAUCGGCGACGGUGGUUGCGGAGGCGCAACGCCGACAAGGGUCUCCGGCGUCAUAUCUAGCUUCAGGGGUCCGGUGGCGGACGAAAAGCAUAACACCCACCAAGGGAUAACGAUUGAUUUUCUUCACAAGUUGAACCCAAAGAAUAUUUCGGCUUGGAGUAUGAAGAGGAUGGUGAAAAUGGUCCGGCAUGGGGUGCUCUCCACCCUAGAUGAGCAAAUACAGUGUACGGCUCAAAAUUAUGAAUCCAAUCAGAUCAGAAGUGAAUACGAGGCUAAAUUAGCUGCCCGGAAGAUAUUUCAUAAUGUUGCCAAACCUAAGUCCAAUUCCAUCUACUUGGAGGACCUGAGGCGGUUCUUGCGAGAAGAGGAGGCAGUGCAGGCCAUGAAUCUUUUGGGCGGGUCACAUGAAUGCAAAAGAAUUAGGAAAGCAGCCCUUAAAAACUGGGUGGUGAACGUGUUCAGAGAAAGAAGAGCACUUGCACUGACCCUAGACGACACAAAGACAGCGGUAAAAAAGCUGCACCAGAUGCUAACCGUGAUAGUGGGAGCCAUCAUCUUCCUCAUCAGCCUUGUAAUUCUAGGGUUCGUGACUGGUAGAGGGCUGAUGUACAUAAGCUCUCAGGUGGUGAUCGUCGCAUUCAUUUUCGGGAACUCAUGCAAGACGGUUUUCGAAGCGAUCAUAUUCCUGUUCGUGAUGCACCCCUUUGACGUCGGAGACCGGUGCGAGGUGGACGGAGUUGAGAUGGUGGUGGAGGAGAUGAACAUCUUGACGACGGUGUUUCUCAGGUACGACAACCUGAAGGUACAUUUCCCGAACAGCACACUGGCGAUGCGGCCGAUCGGGAACUUCUACCGGAGCCCGGACAUGGGCGACUCGGUUGACUUCUUGGUCCACGUAGCGACGCCCAUGGAUAAGAUUCGGGUGAUGAACCAACGGAUAGUGAGCUACGUUGAGAGCAAGAAGGAUCACUGGUAUUCGGGUCCCAUGGUGGUGCUGAUGAACAUUGAGGACAUUAGCAAGUUGAAAAUGUCGGUGUGGCUUAGACACAGGAUGAACUUUCAAGACAUGGGGGAGAGGUGGUUGCGCAGGGCUCAACUGGUUGAUGAGAUGGUCAAACUGUUUAAGGAAUUGGACAUUGACUACCGGCUCUAUCCGGUGGACAUUAACGUCCGGGCUAUGCCUACCAUUCAGUCCACCCGACUUCCACCAAAGUGGCAGCCUCCAUCGCCCCAUUCUGAUCCAUCGCUUUAAUUUGACAAUACAUGUAUAUUAUUUUUUUAAUUAUUGCUGUAUUUAUUAGGGAGUUUCAAUAUGAUAAUUUUUCAUGUAAACUGUAACUUUUACGUUAUACUAGUAGAUACUAUAUUUCAUUUCACGUAGUAAUGCAAUUGCAAUGAUUAAUAAA